AUGCAUCACGGUAAACAUUUGCGUCGAUUGAACCGUACCUCUGGUCACAGAAAGGCCUUGCUUAGAAACAUGGUCUCUUCGCUCAUCGAACAUGGUCGUAUUGAAACCACCGUCGCUAAAGCAAAGACCAUUCAACCACUUGCCGAUUCCAUUAUCACCCUUGGUAAAAAGGGCGAUGUCGAAGCCAAGAGACAAGCACUCGCCUACCUUAACAGCCGUGAUAUUACGAUGCCUAUAUUAUUUGAUGAAUUAGCACCUCGUUUUGCCAGUAGACAAGGUGGUUACACUCGUAUUCAAAGAAUCGGUAAACGUUACGGAGAUAAUGCACCUAUGGCUAUUCUUGAAUAUAUUGAUGGACCCAGUGAUAUUAAAAAGGAGAUGCUUACCAGUACAUUAGCCCGCAAGUUCUCUGAAGCAGGAAAGGUUUCCAUUACAGAAAUCAUGGAGAACAAUAGCAAGGCUGAAGCUCUUGGUUUACCAAAGGCUCUUAUUCGUGAUUUAAGAAAGGUACAAUUCUCAAAUACUGUAGAGUCUAUUGAAGGUGCUAUUGAAAAGAAGAUGGCUGGUUUAUAA